AUGAAAUUGACAAAGAAUAAUUUGGAUUUAAUGAAAAAAGUCUUCGAAAUAAAACCUUGUGUUGUGUUGAGAGCAAAAUAUUCACAAGCUUGUACGCCGGAGUUCUUUAAGUUUUACGAUGAGAAUAUUAACGUGGGUGACCAUAAAGUGUUGGAUGUCGAAGACUAUGGUCGAUUUAUAAGCACCAGGUCUUCAAGGAGAGAACCAGCUAUCACAAGAGUGAUCACUUCCCUCGCAUAUAAAGUAGAUAAAAAGAUGAUCUCCCUAGCCGAGGGUAUGCCCAACGAAGGGGUGUUUCCGUUCAAGAAACUAAGCAUGGACAUGAAAAAGGGCGGUGGUAUAAUGAUGGAGGGCAAAGAGCUGGCUGCGGCGUUGCAGUAUGUGCCUUCACAGGGGCUUCCAUCGCUACUGACGGAGCUUCGCAAAUUUCAAGAGGACAUACACCGUCCUCCAGACGUGCCCCGAGACCUCAUGAUCACCAACGGCGGGCAGCACGGCAUCUACCAGUGCGCUGAGCUACUCCUGGAGCCCGGCGACCCCAUCGUCACCACUGAGUACGCCUACACUGGUCUGCACAGCACCUUGAAGCCAUACCAACCAGAAAUCCUUGGUGUACCCGAAGACAAUGACGGUCUCAUCCCUGAAACACUUGAAUGCAUUUUGGAAGACCGACUCUCGAGGGGUCUAAAGAUGCCGAAGAUGAUGUACCUCAUUCCAACAGGCAGCAAUCCUACCGGAACUGUCAUCCCGGUGGAAAGGAGAAUGAAAAUAUAUGCGUUAGCUUGCAAAUACGACUUUAUUAUUGUUGAAGAUGAUCCUUAUAUGUUCUUGAAUUACAGCGGGCGUCCAAUAGCUUCUUUCCUAUCAAUGGACAAAGCCGGUCGUGUGAUCCGCCUGGAUUCAGUCUCCAAGGUCGUGAGCGCUGGUCUCCGGGGAGGAUGGGUAACCGCUCCAUCUCCGCUAUUGGAAAGACUGCAGUUGCACUCUCAAGCAGAGCUACUCCACCCAUGUACCCUGUCCCAGGCGAUUCUACUGAAGCUGGUUCAGUGUAGGGAGACGUUAGGUUCAUAUCUGAAGUCUGCGCGGGACUUGUACUGGAGCAGACGGGACGCGCUUCAUUCAGCGCUGCAGCCGCUGGAGGGGCUGGCGGACUGGGCCGUUCCUGACGCUGGACUAUUCUUCUGGCUGAGGGUUCGAGAUGUCGACGACGUUUAUAGUAUGAUCCACACAGCCUUCGAACGAGGUCUGAUGCUGGUUCCAGGACAAGCGUUCAUAUACGACAGCAACGCGUCGUGCCAGUACAUCAGACUGACGUUUAGCAAGAUCCGACUGGAAGACAUGAGCACGGCAUCCCAGAUAUUAUCGGAAGUUAUAAGAGAUGAACAGAAAAAGUGUUUGGAGAAGGAGCCCAAACGAUACGCUACUGAGAGCUAG